AAUUCGAAAACAAUUUGUACUUUUACGUAGCAUUUUAUUCUUACACAUAUUUUAUUCAUUACACAAUUUGUCUGUAAUUUUAGCAACACAUGUGAGAGAAAAUUUUUUUAAUGAAAAAUAACAACCACCCUAAUAUGGAUGUGAACAUCUUUAUAAAUAUCAGUUCAAAACACGAUUUGCUGAAUCGGCGUAUUAUACCCAACGUACCUUGACUCAAGUCGUAUAUGCGCUUUUCUCUGAGCCAGGCAAAUUGAGGGCAGUGUCCAUUAACAGUUCUUAUUGAAAUGGUCAUAUGUUUUGUUUGGACCGCCGUUUGUAUUGCAGUAAGUUCAGCAGUUCUUGAAUACUCUUCAUUUCAUGAGUUCAAGAAUGCCUUCAAUAAGAGUUACAUGCAUGCAUUUGAUGAGUAUCGGAGUAAAGAGGCCUUCGAACAAAACGUCAAUAUUGUGCGGCAGCAUAAUAAAUUGUAUGAGAAAGGCGAAAGUAGCUAUCGUUUAAGGACUAAUAUAAUGGCUGAUAUGAACGGCGACUCUUAUCUGAAAGGCUUUCUACGUCUAUUGCAAAAUAAAGGCUUCAGAGCAGAUAUUGAUAUGGACUCGGAGAUUGUGGGCUCACCAAUGAUGCAACAAACACCAGAGAAUAUAGACUGGCGUGAAAAAGGCUUCAAAACGCAGCCGGAUAAUCAAAAAACCUGCGGCUCCUGUUACGCUUUUAGCAUAGCUAGGAACAUUGAGGGGCAGGUAUUCAAGCGAACCGGGCGCCUGUUACAUCUGAGUCCGCAGCAGAUUGUAGAUUGUAGUGUAUCGCAUGGAAAUCAGGGUUGUACUGGUGGAUCUUUACGGAACACAUUCAAAUAUUUGCAGGAUACUGGUGGUUUAAUGCGGGAACAGGAUUACAAAUAUGUUUCAAAGGUGAAUUGUUUAGAUAAAGGCGUAUGCCAAUUUGCUGGAGAACUGGCUGUUGUGAAUGUCACAUCGUGGGCAAUAUUGCCAGCUAAGGAUGAAAAAGCAAUUGAGGCGGCAGUGGCUCACAUUGGGCCGGUACCUGUCUCCAUAAAUGCCAGUCCACGCACAUUUCAGCUUUACAGCGAUGGUAUUUACGACGACGACUCUUGCUCUUCAGACACGGUCAACCAUGCUAUGCUUGUUGUGGGCUACAACAAAGAUUAUUGGAUUCUAAUGAAUUGGUGGGGCGAAUUGUGGGGAGAGAAUGGGUAUAUGCGUUUACGUAAGGGGAAAAAUUUGUGUGGCGUUGCUAACUAUGCAGCCUAUUCCAUUGUUUAGUGAACUUUUACUUCAUAAUAUGGGAUAUAUGGGAUUACGGACAAAAUAAAAUGAAAUGAAAGCCAAACCAUGAACCAAUACCAACAAAAAAAAAAAAAAUGUCAUAAAAUAUUUGAUAAUUGAAAGUAGAAAAUAACUUUUCCUAGACUAAUAUAUCUAAUUAAUAAUUGUGAAGGUUAUCGCUGUUUUUGUGGAGCCCGUUUCGCCAGAAGUCCCUUGCGGCGAUCAUCACAAGUUCUUGGAGAUUCAUCUAAAAUCAAUCGGACAAGAGAAAUUAGUUUUAUUAAUAGAUAAUCUUGUACCUGUCGAAGCUUUUUUUCCAAAUUAACAAAAUUGCGGUCUCAGCAAAUAUUUUUAUGAUUUUCGAGAAAAAAAACCGACAGUUAAUUGUUUAAAAAAAUGGAAAUUUUUGAAAAAAACAAAAAUCCUUCGAUCAGGUACGAGUUCUUUAGUGGUUUUUAGUUUUAGUGGUUUUUAAGUUACAGUGAUCACCAGUUCAAAAAACAUAGUUUUGAGAAAAACGCAUUUAAAGUUUUGCUGUUGAUUUAGGAGCACCCGAGCGCCCUUUUUUAAUUGUUGAAUAACUCAAAAAGUAUUUGUCGGAUUCACUUCAAAUUUUUCCACAACAUUUUUAUACUUUAAGAAAAUGCAAACAAAAAAUUCAAUUUUUUGAAAAUUCUGACUACCAAUAACCCGUUAUGUGAUUCAAGAAAAAAGUACAAUAAUAUUCUCUCUGUAAUAAAAAAAACACAACAGGUGAGAAAUAACACUCCGGGAUGAAAUACUAUCACAGCUUAAAGGUGGGCUUAAAUUAACCAAGAUUUUAUUGAAAGACAAUAUUAACAAAGUACCAAACUACUGCGUCUACUACGAAAACUGAUUGCAAUAGACCAGCAAGGGUCAUUGGGCAUAUUUAAAAAAGCUUCAGCCCAUAUAAAACAUAAAUAAAUAAAGAAUUGGCGAGUAUACUACAACCUUCACUUUUCCGAGCUGGGUAAAUUUUCCAGACUGGGAAGAGGUCUUAGACGUUACUUUCUGCACACACAAUAACUCCCAAAUAGUCAAAAAUUAGAGGGUAUCCGACAAGAAAUCCUUUUCGGACCAUAGUUGGAUUCUCUUCGAUAUCAAUCUCGAGCUAGAGAAAGCGACCCCAUAUAGAAACCCUAGAAAAACGAACUGGCACAUAUUCUAGUCUGGCAUAUGGCACAGUAUAGAGAUCCCUGGACGGUCGAGGGCAUCUGGAUACCGAAGAUGAAGUUCGAAGCUAAGCAGCCAUACCUACAAGCACACAACCGCAUUGUUCCGAUGGAUGUCUGGAGCAUCAUCAAAGUGGAGGCUCCGCAAAGGAACAGUGUGGCCUUCCUUCUCCACAUAUCGGAGAAGGGCAUCGAGCCACUGGGAAAGGGGCCAACAAACUUCGGUUCGACGUGAGGAAAGCGCAACUGAAGAUAUUCUGUUCUGCAAAUCCGAAAGAUGAGCAGAAUGAAGUUGACGGCGCCAACGAAUUUCUCACGGGCAUGCAACUUGACGACGCCGCUCCUACCAAAAACGAUGGCGUUAACGAGCAGCACCAUGGGUCUCCAAAUAAACCUGCAGCACUCGCGGAUUGCAACGGACAACCCAACCGUUCUUCUGGCGGAGGAGUACGUCGACAUCGCACUAAUCCAGGAGCCUUGCUGCGGAACACCGAGGUGAAGGGGUCGACUGGAAAAAACCCCAGCCUCUUCUACAAACGGACUGAAGGAUGUGACAGCUGUUGAGGUGGAAACCGCCGACGGUGUCGGCAUAAUACUGGCUUCCAUCUACAUGGCAUAUGAUCGGCCAGCACCACCCGAAGAGGUUCGUCGGAUUGUGCUUGAAGCUAGAAACAAAAACCUGCUACUCGGAUGCGACGUCAACCCAAGGCACUCUCUAUGGUCCAGUUCGGAAACGAAUGAAUG